AUGGCCUCCAAUGCAUUAUCGAUAAUCAGACCUGUCACUGGGUCCCUGUCAGGGAAGGUAAAUCUUCCCUGCUUCUUCUUCAGAGUCCCAACAUCAGCACCAGUCAUCAGUCCCAAUGGAACAGCCAUUUAUAACAGGGACUACCUGCGGAUAAAAUGGACCAAGAUAAACGGCGAAGACGAAUCCACCGUGCUGGUGGCGCAGAACGGGGUCAUCAAGAUCGGAUCCAUCUACAGGAACCGCGUCUCGGUGCCCAGUCACCCUGAGGACGUCGGCGAUGCCUCGCUGACGAUGGUGAAGCUCCGGGCCAGCGACGCCGGUACUUACCGCUGUGAGGUCAUGUACGGCAUCGAAGACACGCAGGAUACGGUCAACCUUGACGUCAGCGGUGUUGUUUUCCACUACCGAGCGAGCACCAGCAGGUACACUUUGGACUACCAGAAGGCUGUGCAAGCGUGCAAAGACAUCGAUGCCACCAUUGCGACGUCUGAGCAGCUGAAAGCAGCCCACGAGGACGGCUUCGAUCAGUGUGAUGCUGGUUGGAUUGCUGACCAGACAGUGAGAUAUCCAAUCACAAAGCCGAGAGCAGGUUGUUACGGCAACCUCCAGAUGAAGUCUGGUGUCAGGUCAUAUGGAGCCAGAAAACCCUCAGAGAGAUAUGAUGUGUACUGCUACGUAGACAAACUUGACGGUGAAGUCUUCUUUGCUCCCGUGAUCCGCAAGAUGACCUUUGAAGAAGCCCGUGAAGAGUGUGAGAAGAGCAGCGCCGUCCUGGCGAGCCCCGGCCAGCUGCACGCCGCCUGGCGGCAGGGCCUGGACAGAUGUGACUACGGCUGGCUCUCCGAUGGCAGCGUGCGACAUCCUGUCGCAGUACCCAGGAUUCAGUGCGGGGGCGGCCUGCUCGGUGUCAGGACCAUGUAUCGCUACAGAAACCAGACCGGCUUCCCAGAGUCCACCAAGAAGCUCGGAGCCUACUGUUUCAGAGGACUGCAUUCAUGUACAGAAAACAUUUGUCAGAAUGGAGGUUCUUGCUACAAGAGUGGGAGCGUCUAUUCGUGUAACUGUGCUCCAGGUUAUACAGGGCACCGAUGUGAAACAGAUAUUGACGAGUGCCAGUCAAACCCUUGCCGCAACGGUGGUACAUGUGUCGAUGGGCUGGCCUCCUUCAAAUGUGUUUGCCUCCCAAGUUACUCCGGGCUGUAUUGUGAAGAAGAUACAGAAAUUUGUGAAUACGGCUGGCAUAAGUUCCAGGGUCACUGCUACAAGUACUUCCCCCAGAGGAGAAACUGGGACACAGCGGAGAGAGAGUGUCGCAUUCAAGGAGCUCAUCUCACCAGCAUCUUGUCCCACGAGGAGCAGCUCUUUGUCAACCGUCUUGGACAGGACUACCAGUGGAUCGGCCUGAAUGAUAAGAUGUUUGACAGUGACUUCCGCUGGACUGAUGGCAGCACUAUGCAAUAUGAAAACUGGAGGCCAAACCAGCCCGACAGUUUCUUUUCCUCUGGUGAGGAUUGUGUUGUGAUGAUAUGGCAUGAGGACGGCCAGUGGAAUGAUGUUCCCUGCAACUACCACCUCACCUACACCUGCAAGAAGGGCACAGUGGCCUGCAAUCAACCUCCGUUGGUGGAAAACGCCCGCACCUUCGGUGUGAAGCGUGAGAGGUAUGAGAUCAACUCCCUGGUGAGAUAUCAGUGCCGCACGGGCUUCAUUCAGCGGCACAUCCCAACUAUCCGUUGCCGUGGGGACGGACGAUGGGACGUACCGAAAAUCAGCUGCAUGAAUCCUUCGAGUUAUCAGAGGACUUUUUUCAGAAAGCAUCAACACAAUAGUCUCUACAGCAUCAACAACUUCAGAAAAUGGCCAGACGAGGCCUUCCGUUUUCAGCAUCAGCGUUAUCGGGGAAGGAGAGACAGGACUGAACACAGGCGGAGAAGACAGUGAUCGACAAACGAUACGGCAGAGUUUUACUGACACGAGCGCAGAUGCAUUAAUACUUCUGUGGAAUAAGGAGGAAAAGCUCACUAAAAAUACAUCACAAGAGGACAACCUGCAGUUGUUCUUACAUUUUGGAUGACAGUGGAAUCUGAUGAAGUGCCUUGCAGAUGACAUGUUGAUGCAUGACCAUCCUCAUCAUGAGGUAUCUUUUCUUUAUUUUUUUAUUUUGAUUUUUGUUUAACAAUAAAACUGGAAAAGCAAAAGCAUUCUUAUUUUUCAGACUGCAAAAGCUUUUUACUUUAUCAUUUUAUCAAAUCGUGUGUUCAUGACUGUUUUCUAAUGCCUUUCUACACCGACUGUGCUUUUUGAAAUCAGUGUUCCUCAUUCAUAAAGUGAAAGCGGUUGUGAAAUAUAGUGAUUAUAUGUUUUAGAAAGGAAUUCCCUAAAUAUUUUGUCAUUUGGUGUAAAGUGUGCAUCAACCCUUUAUCCGGCACGUGACCUCAUCUGAUCUCCUCCUAUUUUAUUUGUCUUUGAGGUACUGACAGUCAUAGAAUAUAUAAAAUUCUAGAUUUUUUUUUUACAAUUUUAAGUUUCCAAAUUGAGUAAAAUGACAACAAUCUUCUCUCUUUCUUCUUUUUAACCAUGUUUAGUCUCUGAUCUCAGUUUGGUUUGACAGAACACAAACAGGUAAUCUUGCCAUUUUGUAGUUUACAGAUUGUACCUUACUGUACUUUGAACAGAGGCAUAAACCUUUGUUAAACAUAUCUCUCCAGUCUUCAAUCCCUGUCAACAGAAGCACAAAUCACACUCAGAGACAUGAUUUCACAGUUCUUCCAGCAGUAGUUGUUUGGAUUACAGAUCAGCAAAUCCCCUAAUUCUGCAAAUUGCUCAGUAAUCAGUUGAAUACCUUCUUUGUGCUGGCAGCUUUCAAACUACCAAAUCACCACCUUUCAUUCUUUCCCGCCUCCAAUGGAUGUACUCGGUGUCAAUUAUGAUGUUUAUAGAGAGAUUUCUGGAGAGGGGAUCUUUAAAAUGUUAUUGAUAUUUUUGUAUGCUACAAUUUAAUAUGAAAAGUUGCUCUCUAAGUACUUAUCGACAAAGCAUUUAUCCACUGAUGGAAAUGGAUGUCCAUCAGCUUUUGUAAAGUGAAAGAAGGAAAGUGUGGCUCGAGCCGUCUGUAUUUUCUGCUCUGGUAUUUUCAGUGCUUCUUUCACAGUUAGACGUGACAGCAUGUUUACAAAAUCUGUAAUGCUGGGUUUUAAUGACACACCGAGGAGUCUCGCUCUCACCUCUUUUUCUCGAUCUUUGGCUUCAUGUAUGAACAAAUGCCUUUCCUUACUGAACUUUUCUGUUGUGGUGGUCAGUUCAAAACAGCCAUUGAGAGAAUGUAUUUUGUGAAACACUCAGAAAAAAACUUGAACUGAACAGCUGUUGAGGCACAGAUGCGUAUAAUUUAUUUUCACGCUGCUCUUGAUCUUGUUUCAUACAGGCAUGUGAAACAUGAUGCUGUCACUUGGCCCAGCAGUGCGUAACACACACACACACCACACACACACACACACACACACACACACACACACACACACACACACAAACACACACACACACACACACACAU